AUGGAAGGGCACGAAACAAAUGAAAAUUCUUUCACUAUAAAUAGUGAUGCUUCGAACUUUGUUCCACCGGUAGCUCAAUCAACACCCGCUGAACCAGCCAAGAAAAAAGCAAGGUUUGGUUCGAAUGUGAAGGUGCUGAAAACAUCUGGUAUCACGCCUAUGCCUUGUUACGAAGGCAUGACUGAUGAAGAGCUGAAGCGUGAGUUAUCCAAGUUUGGCCUGAAACCUAUGGGUAGGAAACGUGCAGUAAAUAUGCUUAGGCGCAUUUAUGAUGAAGUACAUCCAGUGAUUGACCCUGGCACUCCAACAGCUCGACCAUUGCUCUCAGAAAAUAAGGCUGGGACUUCGCCCCAAAAAGGGGGAAAAAAGAAGAAGGCUAGGGACAAGGCUUUGACUACCAUAUCCGAAGAUACUGCUGCUGCGAGUUUGCCAACGUCAUCCGCAGAAAAUGAUGCGGCACAUGAAGAAGAUUCAGUGGAUGGUGAGUUGUCUUUGUUUUAUCUUCGUUGUUUUCUCUAUCCACUUACGUCAACUACAGUGGCUGGUCUGGCGGUCCGAGAGUUUAUUCUAAAGAGCAUUGAUUGCGUGGAAGUUUCUUGAAG